AGAAAAGAAGGGAAAAUUAAUAAAAAGAAGAAGAAGAAAAACGAAAAACUGAAAGAAGACUCUUUCACGCACACAAUCAAACACAUAGCGUGAAUCCAUCUGAUUGCCAAAAAAAUUCCGAAGAGCUGAAGUCGUCGUCGUUGAAUUUCACUUUAGCAAAGAUGCACGGCGGCCCGUCUGGUUUCAGUAUGUUUUUCUGAUCCCUUUCGCACUUGUAUAAUCUGUUUACCGGAUGGGAAGUAGAAGUUUGAUUUGUAUUUGGGAUUUUUGAGUUGACAGACAAUGCACCAGUGACAAGAACCUUAAUGAUCGCAUGCACCCUUUUCACCUUCCUGUUCGGGAUCCAGGGUCGCUCAAACAAGCUUGGGUGGUCCUAUGAAGACAUUGUGAAGAAGUUGCAAAUUUGGAAACUGAUCCUUUCAGUUUUCGCAUUUGAAUCGGCACCAGAACUUAUAUUUGGACUGUAUCUGCUUUAUUACUUUCGUGUAUUCGAGAGGCAAAUUGGUUCUAAUAAGUACUCUGUAAGUGGUUGUUCCAACAUAAUUAUUUGUUCUGGUUUGAAUUAAAAUGGGCAACCUUUUCCAGUAGUGUGUGAAUACCAGUUUCAUAACUUUAAAUUCUUACUGGACUGAUGAAUUACCAUCCUUUUAGCUGUUCCUGUUGGCACUACUGUCUACUCAAAGUUCUUAUUGAUAAAUAGUUGUACUCUAAUCAAAUAAAGCUUUAAAAAGAAAGAACUUUUCCAAUCAAUUUUCUUCGCUAAAUUUAUUUGAGGCAGCUGCACUAUUAUGAAGCCUUGAAUUUUGUUUUCUCACCCACUUGAUUAUCAUUUCAUAAGUCAGGUUAUUUUUUAAAAACCAGUUUCCCCAGUUUUGCUUUAGUUUGAUUCUCUACUGUAGCAUCUGUCACUGGACCCUAGGUUAAUGUAUCUGAAGUUAAUUUCAACAUUUUUCGUUUUCAAAAUUUGGACCAUAUCUUAAUUAUCAAACAAGUUGUUUUCUUUUGCAAAAGGAGGAAAAUGUUGUGUGUCGAAUGCAAUCACAUUCUUUAAAAACAUUUCAGUUUUUGUUGUGUAUUACAUCCUUCAAUUGUUUUAACUUAGUGAAAUAUUUGGGGCCAUGUUUUAUAUGAUGAUUCCCAUGUGAUUUUUUGAAAACCAUGGUUUCUGUGAUUUUUACAUAAUUGUUCACACUGUAUGUCUGUCAAAUCCAUUUUACUCAACGAUGUAAUACAAGAAUCUAGAAUUGUUCUUACCUAGUUGUCUUUGCAGGUCUUCAUCUUGUUUUCUGCUAUCAUGUCGUUACUGCUACAGAUCCUUGGGUUGAGAAUCAUUAAUGAUUCCUCCUUGAACAUUCUCACGUCUGGUCCGUAUGGCAUCCUUUUUGCUUCGUUUGUUCCCUUUUAUCUGGACAUACCAGUCUCAACACGGUUCCGUGUCUUUGGCCUUCAGUUCUCUGAUAAGACUUUUAUAUAUGGAGCUGGUCUUCAGCUUCUUUUUUCAUCAUGGAGAAGAUCUUUAUUGCCAGGGAUUUGUGGCAUUCUUGCUGGCUCUUUUUAUCGGAUGAAUGUUCUCCGCAUACGCAGGAUGAAGUUCCCAGAUUUUAUUGCUUCUUUCUUUUCAAGACUUGCAUUGCCUUCUAGAGGAAGUACAUCACCUACAGCAACGGCAAGGAAUCCCCUGGGAAGUGUGCCAUCCUUUGCAGGUCGCCAGGUAGAGGGAAACUAUCCUGCUCCUUUCCCAUCCACUGUGGAUCCUCCUGAGGAUUCCAUUGCUACCCUUGUGUCUAUGGGUUUCGAUAGAAAUGCUGCGAGGCAGGCGCUGAUCCGUGCUAGAAAUGAUGUUACUGCAGCUACAAAUAUCCUUCUCGGGUCAGAGUAAUGCUUGACUUUGAAACAUUCCCCUGAUACGAAAGAAAUGCAACAUGGAUUUUGGUGUGAAUGAGUAGCUACACAAACAGAAAAGGGACGGCUGGGGAAAGUUCGAUCAUUUUGAGACUCAGCUGGACUUAAUCAUCCGCACGGGGAAUUUAUUUACCUCCAUAUGGUGCCGUAGCUCAUAGUCCCGUAACUUAUGUCUGAAAAGAGAAACAGUAAAAUUGUUUCGCAAAAUUGUGUAGGAAAAUUCUUGUAGACAAGCUGUUAAUAACAUAGUACUCUUGAAACAUCUCCGUGUAUCUAUCAAAUAGCCUAAUCUUUUGUGAAGGAGGAACUAGUUCAUUAGACAAUGAUCAAAGAGUAAUUUGUUUUUUUUUUUUUUUUUUUGGUAAUUCUGAGAACCCCACUAGAGAUGUUAAAUCCACGCCAUUGUAAUAGUCUGCAAAUCACAGUAGUAGGUAAACAACGUUAGGCAAGUCUGGGGUGACAAGCUUGGGUGUGAAAUCGAGGAUCAAAGAGUAAAUUUAAUCAACAUAUUUAUUGUAAACCUAUUGAAUUUCGUUGGCUCUGUAUUUAUGGCGUAAAUCGAAUGAAGUUAAUGAUGCCAACAAAUGUCGUUGUUGAUGGCGAUUUGAAAUGAUGCUCGGAAACCUCAAACGGAUUCAGUACUUAGUGAAUUCCAUGGUAUCCGGCUUUUGGAAAGGGAGUUCCUGCUAGAACAUACCUUGUUGAAAUGAUAAUCUUUGUGCCGAUUUACUUGCAAAGACGCUGGGAACAUACUGGGUUUGGGUUGCAAUUCCCAAGUAGUAUUUUGUUGCUAGAUCUGGAAGAUACAGAUAGCCACACAAUUUUCUUUUGCUGCAACUAUAGGUGGGAAACCUUCAUAUACGAAAGCAAUAGAAGAAGUAAUCAACCGUCUUGGAUAUCCAAGAAGGUUUGAUCCUUUUUAGGUGUGAUUGAACCAUGAAUCUUACAAGUUAUUUCUUUUUUGGCUUUUUGCAACAUAUUUUUGCCCUUUUGCAGCACAGCACUCAACCUUCCUCUUCACCCUACCUAUUGACAUUUGGUGAUGCAUGUCCAAUUC